AUGGUUUACAAUACUCGAUCCGCAUCAAAGGUCAAUGGCAACGGUCCUUAUAAUACCCGUUCAUCAACGCUUGCUAGUAAAGACGUCUCAAGUAACGGAAAAACAAGAAAGACCCCCGGUAGAAUUUCUAAUGGGACUCGAAAAACUAAAUCCGUUGCUCAAUCGAAAGCAAAAAGAAAUCUAAAGACCAGUAAUAAGGAUGGCAUCAACAAGGUUGCUUCAUAUAAUACACGGUCUUCCUCGUCGUCAACUAACAAGAAGAAGAAGACACGAACGUCACCAUCAGCUAAUUCCAAAAAACGAAACACUCGAAACUCCAAAAAACCCGUUGAAACUUCUCAAAAUUCACUCACUGUGUCUAAUUCUGGCCCAUCACCUCCAAUUGCUACUUCAAACACUGUCAUCAGUUCCAACACUGCUUCUACGGUUGACGGUGAAGCGAAGAGGGCCAGAAAAUCCAAAAAUCCGAUUGAUCACACAAUGAACCCACCAACUAAACGAACCCGGGCUCCUGUCACAGAUUCGGUUGGUGAAGAACCUAAAAAACGUGUUACACGCUCUGCACAUUCUACCAACGAAGAAUCUCAACCGCGUGUCACACGAUCAGCCAAAUAA